GAGAAGUGCGCGCGCGGCCGUGUGACCGAGCCAGAGUCUUGUCUGUCUUGCGCUCGCGCCGGGACUGAGAGAAGAAGGAGGGGGAGAAGAAGGAGAAGAUGAAAUAAAAAAAGAAAGAAGGAAAGAAAGAAAGAAGAAACAUGGAAUAACGCUUUUUUUUGGAGUAAUUUCUCUCUUUUUUUUAAUGGAACAAGGGAAGGGAUGAGAAGAGGCGCGCGCAUGGACCACAGCAGCAGCAUGUCAGAGUACAGAUGUGUUCUGUUCUCCUCUCACAGCCAUGUUUAAACUCUUCACAGCGGCGCUCGGUGUGCUCCUGACAGUGUCGGGUGUACGGGCAGACGGACAGCACGAGCGCGCUGCACCACGAGAUGUUCAUUUCCACUCGGUGAAUCUGAGGAACACGGUGCGCUGGAGCUCAGGAACGGCCGACGCCCGCGGCACCACCUACACGGUGGAGUACGCAAUAUACGGCGAUGCUGUGGAUGUGGAAGGAACCGAGCAGGUGAUGUGGAGGCUGGUGGAGCAGUGCGACGACGUCAUGCAGACGGAGUGCGACGUGACGGAGCAGACGGACGAUACGGAGGAGGAAUACUACGCCAGAGUGAGAGCUAACGGGCCGAACGGGCGCUCGGAGUGGACCGAGACAGACAGACGGCUCAGGCUCACCGACACCAUUUUGGGACCUCCGCAGGUAAACGUAAACGUGGUGGAAAACAUCCUGCACGUCAAGCUGAGCGGACCGUACCGAUGGAGGAACCCCGGAAAGAAGCGCCAGUCCAUGUUUAACAUCUUCCCUCACAUGUUCUACAAUGUCAGCGUGUACAACAACAGCAGCAAACACACGCAGUCUUUCCGGCAGUCAAAAAAGCUCCUGCAGUACGGCCCACUGGAGUACAGCUCAGAGCACUGUGUGCGGGCGGAGGUUCUCUCAAGCGCCCUCCACCUUACCACCGCGCCGUCGGACUGGAUCUGCGUCUCCAUCGCUGACGACCCGUUUAAAUCUCAGAUGCUGCUUCUGAUAUUAGGAGGAGUCGUUCCCACCGCUAUAUGCCUGUUUGUUUUAGCCGCAGUCGGAGGUUUCGCUUAUUACUACAUCUGCGGUCACAAACCCAGGCUGCCCAAGAGCGUGGACAUUCAACAGGACGCGAACAUGGAAAUGAAAUUCCAGACGUUCCAGCCGGAGAAACAUCUGGCCAGCAUAAACGUCAUCAUCAUCAACAACACCAACCUGAGCACGGGGGAGACGAAACGCAGUUUCCUUGACUCAUGUCAUCGCGGUGUCGACGUUCCAGAGCGCUCGCCAGUUGCUGUCAUGAGGGACACAACAGGAGCACCGUACGCAGUGCAGAACGUCAGGAAUACACCAGCAGAAGCUGGAGAAGACCUACAAAGCCGUCGCAGCUCUCUGAGUGAAGGUUACGGCUUUGUACAUCAGGAGGACAGGAGCCAGGUCGCCAGCUGCCCGUAUAACCCCCAAGUGGCGCCGCUCGGUGUGGGCGGAGUCAACUUGUACAUGGCACAGCCUGGACAGACAGAACCAGCACAGGAGAGAUAUGAAGAAGAAGAAGAAGAAGAAGAAGAAGAAGACAGUGAGAUACAGACGUUUUGUAACUGGGACCCAGAUACCGGCCAUCUCCAUCUGGACUUCCCUCUGCUCAGCAGGUUCGACUCGGACACCCCGGAAACCACAGACACGCAGACGAGCGUAGACACGGCGCUGCUCGUACGCUAUCCUGUCCUCACCAGCGUAGUGCUCAAGCAGGCGUCGAUGGAGAGCGGAGACGACGACCCGCUCCUGAAGAUGGAGAAAGACUGGGACCUGCAGGUCCAGAGCACCGCUGAGUAGAUUCCACAAACACCCGUUUGAUCCCGUUCGUCACUCCGGGAGUGUAUUAAACACCCAACACCCAGCGUUCCUAAUGUUGCUGAUAUUGAUGAAGCCCCAAACGCCGUUCUCAUGAAUGAAGAGCCUCCUGAUGGACAUCACGUUUUUGGCUUUAGAUGCACACACGCUUUUAUUUCUCCGAAAUAUAAAAUAUGUUUGAGAAAGUUCAAGUUUUUUGCUCAUUACAGAAAUUCAGACAAGAGAAACAGAGACAGGGUAAGACUCUAACAGACAGAUAGAUAGACAGACAGACAGAGCGAGAGACAAAGAGAGAGAAAGAUGGGCAGAUAGAAAGAGAGACAGAGAUGAGGGAGAUUGACAGAGACAGAGACAGAUAGGGACAGAGAGAAAGAGAGAGAAAGAGAGAGAGAGAGAGAGAGAUGCAGAUAGACAGGAAGUGACAGAGAGAUUUUAUUAUCGAAUUGAGCCAUAUACAGUACACAGUAGCGUUAUAACAUGAUCACUGAACAGCAGUGUACGAUGACAAUAAACUCACAGUAUGUCACACACUCAGGGACAAGAUUAGCUUUAUCGUUUCAUUUAAGUGAGCUCUGCUUACGUCUUAAUUAAGAUAUUUUAUACAUUCAUACGAACACUUAGAACACAACAAAUAUACAAUUAAACAAACAGCAGACCAAAAAAAGUAUAAAUAUCACAUUAUUAUACGAACAAAUGAUAUUAUUAUACGUUAUUUUUGCCCUCGGGUAAAAAUAAUCCAUUGUUAAUGUGUGAUUGUGUGAUUAUGAUGUAUUGCUGUGUGAAAAGCAUUUUCAGUAUAUUUAUCAUUAUUGUAUUAUCUCUUAAUUAUUAUUAUCUUCUCAUUGAAUGUGAAAAGUUUGUAAGCAGGGAAAUGCUUACAUGUUGAAGAGAUUUUUAUUUUUUUGUGACAUGAAGGAUUUGUGUAGUAUUUUUUAUUAAAAGUUAAAUCUGUUUUUUUUUCUUUA